AUGCGUCACGAAUCGCCCACAAUGCAGCCUUCGCCCAGCGCCGUCUCCCGUGGGGAAGCUACUAUCGCUGCCCUCAAGCGGUCUCCAAUUGAGUCCAUUGAAGACGCGGUCCCAGUGUUAUCAAAAUUCCUCGCUCUUGCAUUUCAGAACAACGGCCUUCCUGUGGAUGACGAUACGGUGGCAGAAGCUGUCUGUAGGAACGAGCUCAUGGAUAGACCACCUCUUCUCGCGCUACUCCGAACAGCGCAUGCUGAGGCUGGUGAUUUUUCUCGAGUCCUGAACUCCCCACUGUUCCCGUCGCUGGUAUCCGUGGUAGCAAGGGAAACUCUGAGAGAGUGGCGACCUGCCAUCAAAAGCAGGGCCCAAAAUGCUAACGUACUUCCCCAAUGGAUGCCUAAACCGAACAUCCUUGCUCAUCCUGCUUAUCGUGAUGUUGAUGUCCAACGUCAUCUAGCGUCGCUUCAUCUUCGCAAGACUUGGACUUAUAACACAUUUCUCCGCAUAAUCCUUCACGACCUAGGAAGGUUCAAGCAAGAUGUCAUCCUCAGUGCAAGGGUCGAGCGUCUCUUUUCUCCACACGACAAACUUUUCGUCAACGCUGCAGGAACGGGAAAAACCCGGUUGUGUUACGAAGGUCUUUGUUCAAACUGGGGCUUUUAUUUCACAUUUGACGUCGGCGAGAAUCUGCUGGGAAGCUAUGACCUACCACGCGUGUUCCGGGAUUAUUGCCGCAUUAUCCAGGAAGGACGUGACAGAGACCUUGGAUUUCGCCAUUUCGAUGCUGUGUUGCUUGCCCGGUUGCUGGUCUUUCAAGAGUUUCUUGGAAUAGUUACACCUUCAGUAUCCGAUACUCUUACCGACCAACACAAGGUUCGCUGGCUUGAAAAUCAACUUGCCUCGGGCUCUGGAGAAGACCUAUACUCUACCAUUGCCACCGCUCUACUCGAAAACGACGCGUCCCAUCUGGCGGAUCAUAUUACUGAUGCCCUUCGAAAAAUACGAGCUGUCAUCGGUCACGACGCUCCACUUUUCAUUGUUUUGGAUGAAGCACAACUGGCCUACUUAACGUUCGAAGACGAAGAUAGUUCACUGCUUGAGCGAAUUAUCCGGUCGUGGAAAGCGUUGACAGGAGGAGGUUGUACAUUUGUUUGUCCGAGCAGCCCGCUUUCAGAAUUCACGCUCGGGGAGGAUCUGGGGUUCCAUUCGAUCUCCGAAACGGGCUCUUUCGACGAUCCGGACGUUCAUGAGACGUACGUGCAACAGUUUCUCCCUCCCAACCUUCGGGAUUCCCCUUCUGGUCGCUUUCUCGUUGCCCGGCUCUGGCGAUGGUGUCGAGGACGAUAUCGAUUGACCGACAAGUUUCUGUCGAUUCUCUUAGAAGAGGGCUUGGACUACCCCCAUUCAUGUCUUUCCGAGCUUAUUAGGAGCAGUACUGGUCUGAAACCGCUGGACGCAGUGGAAAUGAGCGUGGAAGAAGCAUGUCCAUCUGAUCUCGCUUGGGGAUUCUUCAAUAUCAGGCAAUUUGAUUUUUCCGAACUCUCUCCAGACCACAAAGACCUAGUUGUCGAAAUCCUUUACCGCUAUAUGUCAACCCAUCAAGGACGUCAUUUUGACGCCGGUGAACACCUUGACCUAGUCAAUCACAGCUAUGCUCGUUUCGCAGAUGCUAAGUUGUCGCAAAUCAUCUUCGAUGAACCGUUUGUCCUAGUCCGCGCCGCUCGCCAGCUUUUUCCUUUUCCAUUGCCGCCAGAACGUGGCCGUCCUCAUCAUCACCCUUCGACCUUCAUCGGUAGUCUCCGUAUCAACCCUCCUCGCACGAGACAGAGCUUGGCCCAUUGUCUUGCUUUUUAUGUCGCUCAGGUCUUAGGCAAGCCUCGGCUAUUGCCUGAUAUUAUGAGCUUUCCUCAUGCUGUCCCUGGAUGGGCUCGUCAAACAGCUCAGCUUGUCCGAUUAUUCAUAGAUGAGAAGGGUGACAUUCAGCAUGAAGCAGUGCUGCUCGACUUUUUUGAGUCUUCGAGACCCCUCGCAACAGCAACAGACACACUAGAAGAAACCACUCGCUGGAUUGCCCACAAAUAUGGCACUGCUUUCUGCAUACCUUCUUCCCCGAAUGUGGACUUGUUGUAUGCCCUUCAACUUGCCGACAAAUCAUUCAUCUGGGUCGCUGUUCGUCUUUUCCCAACAGAUGAACCAGUAAUGGAUGACCGCCUUCGUCCUGCGAUCUCGCUUCUGGACAUUGAUAGUCUUUUCCUCGAGGAAGAAGUCGACUCGACCCUGUCAAAGCGUGCUACAAACGGGUUACGAUCGUUACCUGGCGUCCGACAGCGUCCUUGCGUUUUGCGCGCUGUCUCUAGUUUCCCGGUUGAGGUAGACCUUCGAACAAGCAUCGAUAAACGCUCUCGGGAUCUCGUGCAGCUCAGUCUCAUCAAGCUUAGACGGAAGGAAGACCAGGUCAUGCAAGAAGUGUUUUUUGCAGCUAUCGUCAGCGGCUUGAUCGCUGGAACGAAGCGCAAAUCGAGAUGGGAUGACGCGCCACUGCAUAUGGAGCGCAAGCGAGCAAGGAUACUGAGGCACGAACUGGAAUCUCUACAGCGAGAUCAAUGGGACGAAUAUUCGGACUACUCAGCUCAUAUUGCUACCCCCCACUAUUCCUACGACAUCCCAUAUCAAGAAAUGUACGGCACUGGACUUGAUUCGGCUCCUGAGAUUCCUAUUGCUCCAACAACUCGCAGAAAGCCUCGAAGACGAAAAUCGCAACUUGAAUCUUCGAACGCCAAAGCCACCAAGGGAAAGAGCGGAAGGUCAAACAAGGCUAAUACGAACGGUAGCUCUGUAGUAGUGCGGAAUAAACGCCGCACAGUAGGUAGAGCAGGUAAAAUUAUGUAG